AUGCCCAUUCAAUUCUCCUUUGCUGCCCCUUGCUACGACCGCAUGGUCCCGCUCGCGACCGGCGAAGUUCGCCCCGCGGGACUUGAUCUGAACUAUGUCGAAGUCCAGCAUCCCCGCGACGUGUUUGACCGUAUGGUCCGCAACGGCGAGUUCGACGCCUCCGAACUCUCCAGUAGCGAAUUUAUUACCCGCCACGUCGCCGGCGAUCGCACCUUUACUGCUGUCCCCGCCUUCCCGCUCCGUACCUUUCGUCACGGAUACAUCGUCGUCAACGCUGACCGCAUCAAGUCCCCCGCAGACUUGUCGGGGAAGCGCAUCGGUGUGCAACUAUAUACUAUGACCGCUGCUGUAUGGAUUCGCGGUCUACUAAUGCACGAGUACGGCGUGGAUCUGUCGAGCAUCACCUGGAUAGAGGGGCGGAUGGACGCGCCCGGGGCUCAUGGCAAGCCAUCUGUCCUGAUUCGGAGAGAAGGGGGCAAGCCUCUGGCCAACAUUGAAAAGAACAACAGCGGGAAAUCUUUAAACCAGCUGCUGGUAGACGGCGAGAUCGAUGCGACCAUCGGCGCGGAGGUCCCAUCCUGUCUGUGGGACAACGAGAAAGCACCUCAUAUCCAGCGCCUGUUCCCUAAUUAUAAGGAGGCCGAAAAGGAAUACUACCGGAAGACGGGUAUCUUCCCGAUCAUGCACCUGGUCGCUAUCCGAAGGGAAGUGUACGACCAGCACAAGUGGAUCGCUACUAGCUUGUUUCAGGCGCUGAAUGAGUCGAAGGAGUUGGUCCGCAAGAGAACCUACAUGCCUGGUAUGAUCCGAUGUAUGUUGCCGUGGCUGCGGGAGGCACUGGAAGAAACUGUCGAGGUGUUCGGGGAAGAUUGCUGGCCGUAUGGGAUUGAGAAGAACCGUAAGACUUUGGAGGCGCUGGUGCAGUACCUGUAUGAACAGGGGAUGAUCGAAAGGGUGGUUCCGGUUGACGAACUGUUUGCGCCGGUUCAGGAGGCGCCGUUUGUGAUUCACUAG